UCCGCUUCCGGCCUCACAGGGCACCGGCCAGCGAUGGAGGAAGAUGCUCCCGCUGCCCGAGCGGAGGGAGCAGCAGCCGAGGCCUAGGGGGCCCGAGGCCCGGGAGGUGGCUCUGCAGGGACCCGAGGUCCCGACCGUCACCCGCCCCGGCCAGGGCCGGCGGGGGGCACCAUGGAGGACAAGCGCAACAUCCAGAUCAUCGAGUGGGAGCACCUGGACAAGCGCAAGUUCUACGUGCUGGGCGUGUGCAUGACCAUGGCCAUCCGGGUGAGCGUGUACCCCUUCACGCUGAUCCGCACCUGCCUGCAGGUGCAGCGCGGCAAGGCGCUCUACCGCGGCACCUGGGACGCCUUCGUCCAGAUCCUGCGGGCCGACGGCGUGGGCGGCCUCUACCGCGGCUUCCUGGUCAACACGCUGACCCUGGUGUCGGGCCAGUGCUACGUGACCACCUACGAGCUGACCCGGGCCCGGGCGGCCGAGCUGAGCCAGAGCAACGCCUUGCGGUCCCUGCUGGCGGGCGGCUCGGCCUCGCUGGUGGCUCAGAGCAUCACGGUCCCCAUCGACGUGGUGUCGCAGCACCUGAUGGUGCAGCGCCGGGACCCCAGCCGGGAGCUGGGCCGCUUCCAGCUGGCCCGCGGGGCCGGGGCCCGCGGGACCCUCGGCCGCACCCGGGACGUCGUCCGCCAGAUCUUCCGGGCCGACGGGCUGCGCGGCUUCUACCGGGGCUACGUGGCCUCCCUGCUCACCUACAUCCCCAACAGUGCUGCCUGGUGGCCCUUCUACCACUUCUACGCAGAGCAGCUGUCCCGCCUGUGCCCCAAGGACUGCCCCCACCUGCUGCUCCAGGCCAUCUCGGGCCCCCUGGCCGCCGCCACCGCCUCCACCCUCACCAACCCCAUGGAUGUCAUCCGGGCCCGCGUCCAGGUGGAGGGCCGCGACUCCAUCGUGCAGACGUUCAGGCAGCUGAUGGCCGAGGAGGGACCGUGGGGGCUGACGAAGGGGCUGUCGGCGCGGAUCAUCGCCGCCACGCCGUCCACCAUCGUGGUGGUGGUGGGCUACGAGACCCUCAAGAAGCUGAGCCUCCGGCCCGAGCUGGUGGACUCCCGACACUGGUAGCCGACGCCGCGGGGGGACCCUCCUCGGCCCUGCCCCCCCGUCGAUGGCGCCCGACCCCUGGGGACCCUCGCCCCCCGGCCCCCACCCUGGCUGUAAAUACGUUCGUUCCUGCCCGCCCCCACCCCCACCAUCACCAGCGCUAGGGGGCGGGGCCCCCGGCCGCAGCAGGAGGGAUCGCGGCUAGACUCUGGGGGGAGGGAAGGACCGGCCCCCCCCCCCCACCCACCAUGCCCAGUGUUUGCGCCCCUC